GAGCAGUCUUGGCUUGGACGUACUAUUAGACUAAGGAUGUUUGCGAUCUAUCGGGACGCUUCGUAUUUUCAUUUAGUGAUAAUGGUGUAACUUCAUUUUAACUUUUUUGUGACUUUCCAGUCUUCCAAUUUAAGUGCUCCUUAGGCUCAUUAAUCUUAAAUGUAAAGUCAAGGGAAUCAGUCUUCCAUUCUCGUAGCCUUUGGUUUAAAAUUGUCUAUCGUCAUAUCCAAUCUUAUUAUGUCAUAUCCUUCAUCUGAGCUUUUCCAGCGGGUUUGGCAAGAGGCAAUACGCGUUGUAUUGCUCCAACACCAGGUGACUGAUCAUUUUCAUGAUCCGGUUAUCCACCAACCGGGAAUAACGAGCAAAGGAUUGGUUAAUCCCAUUAGUGGUUUAAUAAAAUGUCCCUGUCUCAUGACACAUGCACUUCUCUUUCCUGGCGGUUCCGUAAAAAAGCGCAAACGAAAACGACGUAAAAAACGUAGACAGAUAAAUUGUAACGAGAAAGUUUCGAUUGUUCGUUCAGUUCGUGUCCGGGAAACUCACCAGAUUGCUGCUGCUCAAGAAGAGAAGAACCGUAGUCUUCGCCAGGCAUUUGGAAUUAGCGAAUAUUUCGUUGAAGGAAGCAGUUUGGAUCCUAACCGCAAAGUGCGCGAAUCUGCCGCGAAACAAGCAGCUGAGCAAAAGACGUACACCAUCGUUCGCACUCCAAGUCCAGAGCCCCAGGAAGAAUCCCAGGUUACCGAAGUUGCUUCUGUUGCACCGCCUAAGUCCAAAAAAAGCAAGAAAUCGAAGAGCAAAAAAAGUAAGAAGAGUAAGAAGAAAGUGGAUUCAGAAUCAGAUGAUGAAGAAGGUCAAGAAGAACCUAAAGAGAAAAUCAAAUCGCGAAAAUCUCUUGAUUCUUCUGAUACCAGAAAAUCCGAUUCCAAACACAACGAUCGCCCUGUAAGUCGUACAGAAUCUUCGAAGCCAUCACGCCAUCGUCAUGACACUCCAAGUCCUCCUCGUCGGCGCGCAGGGGACGAAUCACAAAAUCGUAAGCGCCGUGCAAGUUCAGAAAAGGAAGAAGAGAAUCCCAGUCGAGGUAGACGGGAUGAAGUUGAAAGAAAGAAAACUAGAGAAGAUGCCCAGUAUAAUGACGAAAAAAGGGAUAGUUCCAGCAGUAGGAGGGAAAGUCGUUAUGCCCGUUCUUCUUACAGAUCGCCGGAAAGAAGCAACAGAAAUGAUUCACGAAGUGAUAGAGACCGCCGCGAUAAUUACCAUUACUCCACACGUCGCGAAGAUAGCAAUCGACCCGAUAUGUCAAGGAGUGGGCACAAAGAAGUCGAAAGAAAACAAGACGAGAAAGAGAAUCGUGAAGUUCAAGGACGCGCACAGUCGAAACCGUACGUCACAGAAGAUCGCGGUCGUCGGGAAACUGAAAGGCCUUCCGACUUGGUAGCGAACAAAGCAAUGGACGAGCCGGUGCAGUUAAUUGAGAAAGUUGCAACUUCGAAACCAGAGGAACCAUCCGUUGUGGAGCAAAAAAAGAAAGAGAUGACUACCAGUCAACAAACGGAAAAAAUGAAAGCUGAUUUAGCCAAACUAGGAUCAUUCAUCGACCAAAUUGGACGAUCGAAGAAGAAAAAGUCUCGACAUGAUUCAAGUCGAUCGUCAUCUUCUUCCAGUUCAUCGUCAAGCUCUGACUCGUCCGACUCGGAUGAUACUUCUUCUUCUGACUCGGAUUCUUCUUCUUCGUCCUCAUCGUCGUCGUCAUCCUCUUAUUCAUCCUCAUCGUCGUCAACACCGUCAAAAAAUUCUGCUCCUCGUUCCAAAGAUAAACGUUCACCAUCUCCCCCACGUCGAUCAGGUUCGCCCAGCUGGAAGGACCGUAGGCGUAUCACCAGUGCCAGGAAAAAACCAGUUCCGUACCAAAGGUGUGCACCUGUGUGGAGUACGUCUAGCUCAACAGAAAGCAUAGACUCUUCCUGGAGAAGCAAUUCUAGUUCAUCCAGUGGGCGCUUCCGGCGAUCUUCAAGUCGUUCGUUCACUCGUUCAAUUAGCCGUUCUUGUUCUCGUUCUCGCUCUCGUUCUAGUUCACCGAGUCAAAGACAAGAGCAUUAUCGUUACAGAUCUCGUUCGUACUCCUCUAGCGACAGUUCUUCUCUGUUCAGUGUAUCCUCCCAUUCUACCGUUUUUGACCGAUCUCCCAGCAUUCUCAGCUGUUAUUCUGUCAGCAGCACAUCUAGUCAUCAUUCGAGUACAAUCUAUCGUCAGCGUUCAGUUCAAACAUAGUCAACUAAUCAACUCAUACUACUCAAUUCACGUAUCUCUGAACGGAGUCUGAAUCUCACACGCUUACUUAAUAGUGUUGCUUUCGGUGGUCAACCAUGGAAACCAAAGUCUUUCCCACUAACGUCAUGCAGACAGCUACCAUACUGUCUUGAUAUACCUUUUGUAUUAUUUCAUUAAAACCAAUGGAUCUUGUUUCACAUGAAUUUUUAUAACGAAGUGUCGGGUUGUAUUCCAGGGUUGCUUAUAAAGCUUCCUGGACGCUCAGCGUUCACACUAUUGGAUAAUAUGUAUUUGUAGAGCGUUCACUCAGUUCAUUGCAACACUAUUAACAGAUUGGUUGUAUUGCGAUGCUUGACUCUUUGCAAAAGUAAGUUUGUUGUUGCAUGCUGCAUAGCAUUUUUGUUUUCGAGAAUUUUUGUAUCAAUGUAAUCUGUCUGGUUAUGUGCGCUUUUGCAUGAAUCCUUUGAUCUUAUUGUAAUUUUAGUCCCCACAACUAAUGAUCUCCGAUUACUUUUCCAAUUAUUACCACAUUCCUGAUACUCCAUCCUUACGCUUUUUCAAUUAUUUUGGAAGGCAAUGAACAUGCAAUACUAUGAUGAUCUAACCACCAUUUCCACAUAGGCUGUUUUUCUAACUGUCUUCACAUUUAAAGUGAAUUAAUGCUAAUUCCGUUAUCGUUUGUGGCGUUCUGUUUGUGGCUUUAUAUGGUGUCAUUGCAUUUUAUAGAAGGUGAAUACAUUAACUGAAAAAUU